AGAACUGCCAUAGAACGGGUUACUCCCCCGCAUCUGCCGCCAUAUUGUCAGUCCCGAUUAGAAGAAUCACAGCGACACUAAGACCAGUGCCAACCCCUAACGAGAUCCGCAACUGUCAACCACUUGAGACAUCAUCAUUGACUGGCUGACUAGCCUCAACGCCCGUUCCCGUCCUUUAUCGUUCCUCCUGACGCCUGGUCAAGCCUUGCAAGUCUUCGACUCCUCCACCAAAGUUGAGGCGGGACACUACGACGGGCCCACAGCCGAAUCAUAGAUCCCCUCAGAUCCUCCUUCUUUGCCCAUCCUCCUUCGGACUUUUUUCAACUAGUUCUUCAUUGUCUUUCGAACUCGCAAUAUAUCUCAUUUACACUACAUCCCAACUGUUGUUACUCUUCAGACACUCAUCAUCCACAGUGCGAGAGAGAUUAGAGAAAGUCCCCGAAAGUCCCUGUAUCGCACUUCUCACUCCUUAGUUCACCAUGUCACAUCGGAGAGGUCCAUGGUCGCAAGGCGAGGAUGCCUAUCUCGUCCAGCUCGUUCACACCCAAGGCGCUUUGAACUGGGUGCGAAUUGCACAACUCAUCGGCUCUCGCUCCCCAAAACAAUGUAGGGAGCGAUAUCACCAGAAUCUCAAGCCUUCCUUGAACCAUGAGCCUAUCUCUCCAGAGGAGGGUAUGCAAAUCGAAAGAAUGGUGGGCGAGAUGGGCAAGCGAUGGGCUGAAAUUGCCCGAAGACUCCACGGCCGAAGCGACAAUGCCGUCAAGAAUUGGUGGAAUGGGAGUAUGAAUCGUCGUCGUCGAAUUGUGCUUCGCCGAAGAACCUCAGCACAUGGUUCCAGCAGCUUCGAUGAAAGAGCGCAACCGCUCUCGUUCGCCAGACCAGCUGCCACUCGCCCGCUCACUCUAUCGUCAACCACCUACGCUCCUCGACGAGGCGUUGACGGACCUCUCCCUUCACCUGCAGUCUCCGAAGCAUCUCGAGCUGAGUCGAUCGAAGGUGCACCCUCGUUGAUUUCAGAUGCGAGCUCUGUCUUUUCUACGUCUCCGAGAUUGGCCAAAUCACCCAGCAUGGAACUUCCUCCUCUUCUUCCUCCUUUCCGGGAUACACGAAGGCCAAGCUUACCCAGCUUACCAUUUCGACCAAACGCAUUCCUGACGGAUGUCGACAGUCAAGCGGCCUACCCCUUUGCCCCACGCCUUCAAAGUGAUGCGAAGGCACAUAACAUGACUGCAACUUCGCCUGCCGUGUAUCCUCGACCUGGACAUUAUCAUCACGACAUGUCUACGCCGCACUCUCCACGGGACUAUCGCUCCGAUGCUCGAUCACAACUCCUGACAGCACCUCCAACUCCCAUCCAACUGGCUCCAUUGCAGAUGAGUCCCCGGCAUGAACAGGCAGAGCCCUCAGCUGAUCGCGACUCGCGGAUGCACCUUUCUUCCUUGUUGGGAUAAGAUUUCUGGGG